GGUUUUUGUUUCGAGUACUCACCAGCAUUUCAAGUCAAGGCAUCAGAGGGCUUUGGAAAGUAUUUUUCGACAAAAUUGGUAGAACAAAAUUAGAUUGGGAUUGAAGUUGGAGUUCGAGAUUGCGGCCCUUUGAGUCCUUAUUUUGAAAUCCGUUUAAUGAUCCAACUUAUCAAAGUAGUCAACAUUUUGUACGAACUCCUUCAAAAAUAUGUCAAACAUAAAAUUUCUUCGAAAAUGCCCUCCAGCCUGUAUCAAUCGUUUCGCGAACAAUUGGUUCAAAAUUUGGAACCCGCCGUCUGCCAGCACCUGUUCCGUGUGUAUGCGUGCAUGACCCUGGCAUGUGCCGCCGCAGCUGCCGGAUCAAUUGUCCACCUGGCGGGACUUUGGUCAGCCGGCCUUCUAUCCUGGCUGCUUCAACUGGCCGCCUGUGUGGCACUGUUCCAGAUCCCUCCGAGCGGCGAUAACCGCGCACUCCGGCUGGGUUUGCUGUUGGCCACGGGGGCACUAACGGGCCACCUGUUGGGGCUGACGGUGGAGUACGCGCUGGUCGUCGACCCGGGAAUCGUGGUCACCGGGCUGGCGGGAACUACCGUGAGCUUCGCCUGUUUGAGUCUGUCAGCCCUUUUGGCACGCCGUGGGAGCUUUCUGCUUCUGGGAGCGGUUCUUUCGAACAUGAUGGCUUUGCUGCUGGUGAUGGUCCUCGGGAACCUGUUCCUGCAGUCGUGGUUCGUGCACAAGAUUAGCCUUUACUUGGCGAUGGCCGCGAUGUUGGGAUUUGUGCUGCUCGACACCCAGCUGAUUGUAGAAGAUUUCCGCCAAGGAAACGAAGACUACGUGGUCCACUCGUUGAAGUUAUUCUUCUGUGCGGUGGACAUAUUCCGUCUGUUGGUGUCCAUCCUCAUAGGAAAACGAAGCAACUCUCGAACCCGUACUGAACAUCGCGAUUAAGUGUAUUAGUUUCGAAAUAAAGCAUCCUCUUUUGGCCGGAAAUAUUCAUUUUCUGUCUAAUGAA